CAGCCAGCGCUCAGUUUGUUUAUCGGUGUUAUUUUUAAUGGUGGAAAAAUUGUGCAGAAAAUAUUUAAAACCCCCAACGAAUUGAACUGAUUUUGGAUUUGUAAUCUGUUGAACAAUGGCACAAAAGUCUAUAUUGUCUUUUUUCACCAAAUCGAAUGUGAAGAAAUCGACCGACGAUGAGCCAUCAUCGGACAAGACGAAGGUGGAAUUGAACGGAGCCGAAGGAAAGGAGGACAAUAACAAUGCGGUUAGCGCCGCUAAAAAGUUAAAGAAAGAAGAUCUCAAGUCGUCCGAUGAAGAUAGCCCGAUCAAGCGGACGGCCGCUACCAACGGCAGCCGGAAGUCGAAAUCGAUGGCUGCCUUCGAUUCAUCACCAUCUCCAUCGCCGCAGAAAAAUCAACAACCCAAGGAUGGGUCUUCAUCGGUAAAACGACGCCGGCUCGCUUCUUCCGGCAGCGAGGAAGAGGGAUCGAAACCAACUGAAAAGGAAACUGCACCGAAAGUGGAAAGCCCUAAAAAGGAAACGUCUAAAACAGAUAAAAAAGCAUCACCAACAUCUUCGAGCAGCAGCAAGAAAAAGCCUUCUGCUUCCGCUAGCAAAGUGAAGGAAGAGAAGAAAACGCCCAAAACCAGUAAUAAAAAGUCGGCCACCACUUCCAAGGGGAAGAAAGAUUCCCCCAAGGUGAAAGAGGAGGAGAAAUCGCCAGAGAAAAAAGAAAUCAAGCAGGAGGUAUCGCCUAAAAAGGAAGUCAAACAGGAGUCUUCUCCCAAAAAGGACGUCAAGGAUAAAGGAGCGAACGUGAUGAGUUUCUUCACCAAGAAAGAACCAGCUGGGAGUGGAACUUCUUCUGCUGGUGGUAAAUCAGACGGUGCGGAUUAUAAUCCGGGUUUGAAAAACUACCACCCAAUAAAGGAUGCGUUUUGGAAGAAAGGCGAUAAGGUCCCUUAUCUGGCGUUGGCUCGUACCUUUCAGAUCAUUGAGGAAACGAGUGGCCGGCUGCGAAUGAUGGAAAUUCUGAGUAACUAUUUUAGGUCGGUAAUUCUGUUGAGUCCGAAUGACUUGUUGCCUAGUGUUUAUUUGAGUUUGAACCAGCUUGCCCCAACCUACGAAGGAAUGGAGUUGGGAAUAGCGGAGCACACCUUGAUGAAAGCUAUUGCUCAGAGUACUGGACGGAGUUUGGGUCAGAUCAAGACAGAUGCCCAGAACACGGGAGAUUUGGGUUUGGUGGCUGAACAAUCCAAGAGCAGUCAGCGAAUGAUGUUUAGACCGGCUGCGCAUACGGUGGAAGGAGUUUUUGGAAAACUGCGGGAGAUAGCCAAGAUGACGGGAACAGCUGCGAUGGCCAAAAAGAUGGACAAAAUUCAGUCGAUGUUUGUUGCGUGUCGGCAUUCGGAAGCGCGGUUUAUUAUCCGGUCAUUGGCUGGAAAGUUGCGGAUAGGGUUGGCCGAACAGUCUUUAUUGCAAGCCUUGGCACAAGCUUGUGCUAUGACCCCACCAAAUCAGGGAGAUCUAAAAGAACCAAUAAUAAAUUCUUUAAGCAAAUGUAGCGAGGCCAGCGCUAAGAGUAAAAUGGAGGAAAUUGCAUUGAUAUUAAAGACUGUCUUUUGUCAGUGUCCCAACUACAAUCAGAUUAUCCCCGUUUUGUUGGAGCAAGGAGUUGACAAGCUGAUGGAGAUGUGUCCGAUGAUGCCAGGGACUCCACUGAAGCCGAUGUUGGCUCAUCCUACCAAGGGAGUACAUGAGGUGCUGGAACGAUUUGGAGGCAUUGAUUUUACCUGCGAAUGGAAGUACGAUGGGGAGCGUGCCCAGAUUCACAUAUUGGAAGACGGUACAGUCAACAUCUACAGUCGGAAUCAGGAAAAUAACACCACAAAGUAUCCAGACAUUAUCAACCGAUUGGAUCGUACACAGAAAGAAACGGUCAAAAGUGCAAUUUUGGAUUGCGAGGCUGUCGCUUGGGAUACGGAAAAGAAGCAGAUUCUACCGUUCCAAAUUUUAAGCACCCGGAAAAGGAAAGAUGCCCAAGAAGACGAAAUCAAGGUACAGGUUUGCGUAUUUAUGUUUGAUUUACUGUAUCUCAAUGGCAGUCCUUUGGUUGAGAAACCUUUCCUGGAAAGGAGAGAGUUGCUGUAUAAACACUUCCGCGAGAUCGAGGGUGAAUGGAAAUACGCCACUCGUCUGGAUACCAGUGACAUCGAUGAACUACAGCGGUUCUUGGAGGAAGCCGUCAAAGGAAACUGCGAAGGAUUGAUGGUGAAAACUUUGAUGAAAGAAGCCACGUACGAAAUUGCCAAAAGAUCCCGCAACUGGUUAAAACUGAAGAAGGAUUAUCUGUCUGGUGUUGGCGACUCUCUGGAUCUGGUAGUAAUCGGAGGUUACAAGGGCAAAGGCAAGCGAACUGGAACAUACGGUGGUUUUCUAUUGGCCUGUUACGAUGAAGAUAACGAGGAGUAUCAAAGUAUUUGUAAGAUUGGGACCGGAUUUUCUGACGAAGACUUGCAACAGCACACCUAUUUCUUUAAGGACAAAACCAUCCCACGAGCCAAAGGCUAUUAUCGGUACGACAGUUCCCAUGAACCGGAUGAUUGGUUCGAACCGGCCCAAGUGUGGGAAGUUCUGUGUGCGGAUUUAUCUCUUUCUCCAGUGCAUCGUGCAGCUCACGGUAUCAUCGACGGAGAAAAGGGCAUCUCGCUACGUUUUCCUCGUUUCAUAAAAAUUCGGGACGACAAAGGCGUCACUGAUGCGACCUCGGCCAAACAGGUUGCCAGUAUGUACCUCAACCAGGAUCAGAUAAAAAAUCAACAAGGCAAUCAGCGAGAUCCUGAAGAAGAUUUUUAUUGAAUAUGUUUCUGAAUAUUGUUCUACAAUACUUAUUAAAUCUAGUUCUUAAGCUGUGUUCUGUUUACAAUAAAUUACGCAUCUAAAUUCACACAAAAAAAAAUUUUCUCUUC